CAGCGUCCGUCCCACGUUCUCCAUAGUAGCCUGACAGAAAAAGGGGGCUGUGUUCGUUUCUUGUUCAACCGCCCUUCGAUCGCUAUCCGUACCCAUUUUGCCAUCGCCUCGGAGCCCGCCUCACCCUUUCCUCACCCUCUUUCUCGUUCGCUCUCCGAAUCACAUUCGCCGCAGAGACUCCCGGUUGGCCUUGCGCUCUUCUCGCACACCAUCUCUAUCUCAACGCCUCGACCCCGACUCGACUCGACUCCUGCUCUGCUGCAUCGUCGGCCUCCUGCCUGUCUGCACAGCACGUUCGAUCCAACCCACUUGGACCACCUUCUUCCGAUACACAUCCUCAGUACCUCGAGACUUGGCGCCUGAAGUGCUUUCCCAUAGUGUAGCUCUGCCAGCCAUCCAUUGGGCCACACCGUCGCUGACCGACCGGCCUGUACCCCACUCCCCUUGCUAUCGGGCGACGCAGGCAUAGGGCCUCGAGCAAAAAUCUCAUCCGGUCCGUUGUGACGGUCAACUACUCCCGGAGAUAGAUACCUCCCUCGCCUUGGCUUGGGUGUGUGCUGGCCGUGAUACCGUGCAGACCAGAAAAAUAGUCAAGAGUCACUUGUCGCGCACGACAUGGUGUGUAAGUACUUCGCCCGCCCAACUGCACCUUAGCUUUCAUUUCCCUCCACCUUACCUUGAACCUACAUCACCUGCCUUUCCAUUUCAUCGAUUCUUCCACUUUUCCACCAUCCACUACCUGCUGCUACCUGACAUUGCCUUAGUGCACUCUGCAGCCCCAGCAAAGCCCCCUCCCCCCAUGUCCUAGAGCUGCAUAUCUCCCUGGACAAUCUUGACUCUUGGCACUGCCCAGGUAGUCUCAGGCGCUCUUCUGUUUCUCUCUGCCGCAGCCAAAGUCAUCUUUCUUUCCUCCAAGCCACAUUCUGGCAUCGCAAGCAAUCCACCACUGCCUCUUCUUUCAUUCUUCCCACCCACCUGUACUGGACUGCGGCGCACAUCUAUCUGGUCGCCUUGUCCUGUGCAUUGUCAUUCCCUUGCCUUUUUCACUCCCUUUUCUGUUGUUGUUCAACUACCGGCCGCCUUGCCCCGAAAUACGCCCAUCCAUCACGAGACGCGCGACAGGAGACAUAUCUUUGCUUUAGUGGUCAGGGCUCCGGCUAACUAUGACGGUGCGAUGUCCGACGAUUCAGCCAACCAGCAUUUUCGCGGACAGGUCCGCUCUUGGGGUACCGCCAACAAGCCCAACGGGCGCGAUGGCGAUGUCGACGAGAACUCGCCGCUUCUCGUGAACGGCAAUCACUCGGCAAACCAUGAAUCCCAUGUCGUCAACGGCGACAGCGGCAACCAGACGCUCAAGUUCCUCUUCAACUCGACACAUACCCCGGGCACCGACAGCCCCAACGUUGCUGUCAGGUAUUCGUCCCAGGUCUGGCACGUCACCAAGGUGUCGCUCCUGAGCAACUAUGUCAACUUCCUUCUUGUUAUGGUGCCCCUUGGCAUUGUUGCCGGAAAGCUUCACUGGAGUCCGACUGCUGUCUUCACCAUCAACUUCUUCGCCAUUAUCCCGCUUGCCGCUGUUUUGUCGUUUGCGACCGAACAAAUCUCCAUGAAGCUCGGUGAAGCUCUUGGAGGGUUGCUCAACGCCACCUUUGGAAAUGCGGUCGAACUGAUUGUCAGCAUUGUCGCCCUGAAGGAAGGCCAGAUCGAGGUGGUCCAGUCGUCCAUGCUGGGCUCUAUCCUUUCCAACCUACUUCUCGUCAUGGGCAUGUGCUUCUUCUUUGGCGGCAUUGUCAACAUGCGCGACAGGGUUACUGGCCAGGGCAUGGAGCAGAGCUUUGCCUCUGCUACGGCGCAAACCACCUGUUCGCUGAUGACAUUGUCUUCGGCAUCGCUCGUCAUUCCCGCUACGCUCUACUCUGUGCUUGACAAGGCCGAUAGUGUCGAGAAGGAGCACAGCAUUCUAGUCCUUUCCCGCGGUACCGCCAUCAUCCUGUUGUUGCUCUACGUCCUCUACUUGUGGUUCCAGCUGCGCACUCACCCUAAUUUAUUCGAUGCCGAAAUCCAGCACCACAACGACGAAGAGGCCGAGGAGCCCAUCAUGGGCCCUAUCGCCGCCGCCACCGUGCUUGUUGUCACCACCAUCCUGGUUGCCAUCUGUGCCGACUACCUCGUGGAGAGCAUCGACCCUAUCGUCGAGACGGCGCACAUCAGCAAGAACUUUAUCGGUCUUAUUCUCAUUCCUAUUGUCGGCAACGCGGCUGAACACGUCACGGCUGUCGUCGUGGCCAUCCGGAACAAGAUGGAUCUAGCUAUGGGUGUUGCCAUCGGUUCCAGUAUCCAGAUUGCCCUCCUCGUUACACCUUUCCUUGUUAUCCUCGGAUGGGCUGUUCUCGACAAGCCGAUGACUUUGCACUUCGAGACAUUUGAGACUGUUGCCUUUGCAUUCUCUGUGCUCGUAGUCACAUACACUGUACAGGAUGGCAAGUCCAACUACCUCGAGGGCGCAAUGCUUCUGGGCCUGUACAUCAUUAUCGCCUUGGCCUUCUAUGUCAGCCCCAGCGAUGCUUUGGACAAGGUCCUGUCUGUUGUUCAGCGUUGAAGGCAUGAAGGCACGGUUGAAAGUUCUAUACGUUUCUUGGCAAAACGGGGUGGUUGGCAAUCCCUAUGUCAGUAAACAAAACAGGGUCCGCUACACCGCCCAUGUGCGCGCCUUGGCACUAUUGCGUUUUUACGAAGUAAUUAACGAAUGGGGUGGCCGCCAAACGAAGGUCUAUCAUCAAAUUACUUUCUAGGUGGCAAUCAUUUUCCAUGUGUAUUUCCUUGUGUACCUAGU